AUAUCCCACACAUCGCUGAGUAGUUUAACUGAGUUUAACUGCACGCUCUACAUCGUUCUGUUGUAUGAACCAGUUAAUACAGAUAUUUUUCGUUUUAAGAUCGAUUUAUUUUUUGUGCAAAGGACUUUGAAUUGCAAUGUCUCAGUCGGAUGUAUUAAGUUUUUCUGUCGGGUUUUUAGUGUAUCUUACAGUGUGUGUACAUUGCCAAGAGCCAGACCUGGGGCCGUCAGAACCAACCUUUGAUACAUGUGAAACAAUGGUGUGUCCAGAAAAUUCCAAAUGUGUUGAUGAUAUGGGAUAUGUCUCUUGUAUUUGCAAACCUGGAAAAACAGGAAUAAACUGCACACUUGACGACCCAUGCUUACCAAGGAAGACAAACUGUCCAAAAGGAAGCUUAUGUUUUGGAGAGUGUGAUCCGAACGUUAUCUGUGAGGGUGCCACAGGGUACGCCCAUUGUAGAGGUUGUGUCGCUGGUUGGACUGGCAUGCAUUGUGAGAAAGAUAUCGACGAAUGUGCAGAUGCGAUAAAUCCAUGUUUAAAUGGUGGUACAUGUAUAAAUGCCAGAGGAGAUUUUAGAUGCACGUGUAAAGAAGGAUGGACUGGGAAAGUUUGCGACUGUGAAAAAGGAACUUCGUGCGAGAUAGAGGAGUCAAAAACAGAUACUACAAAGGACGGAAAAGGGGCACAACUCAUGUGCAACAUCUUUGUUUUGUUUGCUUCUUUAAUUACAUAUAUAACGUGGACAGUUUAGACAUAACCCAUUUCACUUUGUAAGUUUGUACGAAUGAAAAGUUAGGAAGAAAUUGACAUUCAAAUGAGGUAUAGGCACUUUAGAACGCAAGCAUUACUUUAGGACAUGCUAAAGAGAGUUAAAUGAUGUUUUUAUGACCAACAGAAGCAUUUGUUUAAUAAUUAUAGAAAAGUAGUAAAAGAAGUGUUUAGUGCGAAUACUUACUGCUUGAACCAGAUAGUUUUACAUUUAAGCAUAUUGUUGACCUGAAUUUGAAGUAAGGAGGGAAAAAGACAGUGCUUUUCUGAAAACGAUUUUUCUUAUAUAUUUUAUUCAAAGACAGGAUUCACUACAGCGCAAGUUCUUAUUGUUCAACUGACGCUUAUACAAAGGGACAUAAUGCAUUUAAUAUUUUGUUUAAAUGUACGCGAGGUUGUCAGUAUGAGAAGCAGUGAGAUGGCAUGAGCAGACAUAGUACAAACAGAAAAAUCUCUAAAGAUAAUGUAUAUUGAUAUACAGUGUUUUCAUUAUAACAUCUUACUUAUAUAAGUGACUUUCACGAAUGAUUAAAAGCAAUGAAUUUAACUUAUGUUCUAGCUGCCAAAAGAAAGGUUUACAAGAUAUGCAUAUGAUUUUCUUAAAGUCAUCGAGAACACACAUAUUGUCAGUAAAACAAUAUGUAUCAACUGAUAGAAAAUGAAUAUUUGUAUAUAUUUGCAGCGUUCUUAUCUUUCUAUGUGUGCAUGAAUGCAUGUUUCAGUGUACUAGUACUUUUUUCAAAUUUGUCAUAUGUAUUGCCUGUUGAUAUUUGAUAAAGGAAGUGACAUUGUAGACACUGAUAAUAUAGUACAUAGCUACAGAAUUGAUGUAAGUAUUA